AUGAUGGUGGCUCGUCUGAAAGCCGACGAGCGUGAAGUGAAGAGCGAGCCAGCCACCUUUGACAAUGACAGUGAAGCCUCGGAUUCGUCGGUUGAGUGCGAGUUGCCGGCUCGUUUCCAGCCCAGCCACCACCCGCACCCAAUUCCAUCCACCCAACGGGUGGUGGCCGAGGACGCGCUGUCUCGGACGAUCUCCGCUCAGUCGUUGCCCGUGGGCACGUCGAGAUCGAUUUCAGAUGGAGCCCAGUUGAGUCUGUACGAGCGAACGAUUCACAUGCUUGCCGAGGAUCCGAUGUAUCAAAAAGAAGUAGCAUUGGGUAAACGAAUCGGUUUCUAUCGACUUGGUAAAGAGCUUGGCGCUGGGAAUUUCUCAAAAGUCAAAAUGGGCAUUCACGUGUUGACAAAAGAAAAAGUGGCAGUGAAAGUGAUGGAGAAAACAAAAAUGGAUCAAAAACAGCAGAGAUUGUUGGCGAGAGAGAUCUUAACAAUGGAGAAGAUGAAUCAUCCACACAUCGUUCGACUUUUCGAGUGCGUUGAAACAUUAACCCGAAUGCAUCUCGUGAUGGAGUACGCGGGUGGCGGCGAGCUGUACGCCUAUGUACAUGAUAAGGGGAAACUGACAGAGCAAGACGCAAAACCGCUCUUCGCUCAGAUUGUCUCUGCCGUCCAUCACAUGCACUCUCGUGAAGUCGUUCAUCGAGAUAUCAAGGCUGAGAAUGUGAUGUUCAGCGCGCCAGGACAUGUGAAACUGGUGGAUUUUGGUUUUUCGUGUCACAUCGCCGGCUCGACUGAGUUGGCCACUUUUUGCGGUUCACCACCGUAUGCGGCUCCCGAACUGUACAGGGACAAAUCAUACAACGGAACCAUGGUCGACAUUUGGGCAUUGGGGGUUUUGUUGUACUUUAUGUUGGUCGGCAUCACACCCUUCAAGGGAGAAACGGUCGCCGAACUCAAAGAGGUGAUCAUCGCUGGCACCUAUUCAAUGCCUGAAUAUUUGUCGACUUUCGCGCAGCAUAUGAUCUCGAAGAUGUUGGAGAUGGAUCCGGGCAAGAGAAUGGAUAUACACGAUGUGAAAAAAGCCUACUGGUUGCGGGACAUUAAAUUCCCCCGUUCGUAUCUCUCAUUUCCGACGCUUCCCUCGAAAGAGGAGCUUGAUUGCAAUGAGACACAGCAAAGGGUUUGGGAGAUCAUGAAUCGCUUCGGGAUCACUGAAGAGAUGUUGGCUGAUACGACGGGACCACGGAAUUCAAUUGUUGGCACGUAUCGAAUCGUACUUUAUCAAGUGCAAGCCGAGAAAAAGGAGGCAAUCAGGAAAUUGAAGGCAGCCGAAGAGUUGGAGGCGGUCGGCGGGAAUCAUUUGAUGCGAUCGAGCGGGAAAAAGCGUCGCCCACACUCCGGCAAUCCACCAAUGCUCAAAGAUCGCAGUAAAACGUGUGCGAUUCUU